UCCGGGGGCGAGGCGCACGGCGGGGAAGAGCUUGCUCUGACUCCCCAGCUUCCCCGAAGCCAGGCGAGGAGCAGCAGCUUAUCUGUCCCCCUCAGCAAUGGCAGAAGCUGUUAUAAGACACUGGGUGGAAACUCCCGUGCGCUACCAAGAGCAGUUUUCCACCCCAGAGCUGGAAGGGCACAAGCUGGACCACUUCUUAUACGCUUUGCCGGGCCCUGCUACGGCGGCGCCGGGCAGCAGAAGGUGGAUGGCAGAGAGCACGGCUGGGGACGGGCAGAGCCGCCGGGAGGAGGAGGAGGACACGCGCUUCCAGGUCUUGCUGGAUGUGGUGCAGUUCCGCCCCGAAGACAUCAUUAUCCAGACUUUUGAAGGCUGGCUCCUGAUCAAAGCUCAGCACGGACCCAGGAUGGACGAGCACGGUUUCGUGUCCAGAAGCUUUACCAGACAAUACAAAUUACCUAACGGAGUGGAGAACAAAGACUUGUCCGCGCUUUUCUGCCACGAUGGUAUUUUGGUUGUUGAAAUGAAGAACUCGGUGGGAAAGAAUUAGAACCUUGUCCCUAGUUUAUUGGAUGCUGAGUUCCAUGUUUGAUGUGAAAUGUUAGACUGCUUGCCUCCAGCUACAUAUGUGAUGGGAAGCCAGGCUUUUUGAACAGCAGAAAAUUUAGGCGAGUCACAGCAAGAGAAAAAAAAGAAAUCUAUUUCAUAACAUAUUGAAAAUAAAGCACAUUUAUGAGUUCAGUAGGAAGAGUUGUAUUUCUAAGGAGUACAUAUUUGUCAGACAGUACAAUCAUUAAAGAAGCAAUAGACGGGUGGUGAGUCUUUUGGAAAUUUGAUUUAUGUACUAAAACAUCUGUUUUCUAAUUUUUGAGGUUAAAUUCUUUUUCCUUAGGCUCUGGAAGAGCACACAAACAGGAGGAUACUAUCAAGGAAAAAACCCUGUUUCCACAGUUCAAGCUUCUAUACAAAAAACCCCUUGAGAAAUUACUUUUUAGAGGUGUGUUGCAUGUUUGAAACUAUAAGAAAAAAAGAAUAAUUACUGACUAUAUUUGCUUGAAAACACGGUAACUAGAAAUGAUACUUUCUGUCAAAGACCAAUUAAUUUGAAAGAAAACAUUCAAAGACAUGUAGAAAAUUAUUUAUGUUUAACAUAUUCUGCUAUCGAUUAGCAACUGAAGAAAAAACAUGUUGCUUACAAAUACUCAAAAGGAUCAAAUUCUUCCUUGUGAAACCCUGGAAAUAAAAAGGCAUUACUCUAGUGCAUAUUA